UUUUGCACUUCCUAAUACUUUCCUAUACUCUGUUGUUUCCUAAAGAGCAUCACUCUGUAAACCGCCAUAUCAUCCCUUUAUAAUCUCUCGGCCGAUUCCUCAGCAGAAAGAGGCACCAGUUUCGAAUCGAGUCAUCUCCAUCAUCGCUUCUCUGAGCCGUCGACAUUCCGCCAGCAAACGCCGCAUCUCUGAGGCAGACAUGAUUCUUAUUGACAAGAAAAAUCGUGGGCUAAAUAAUGGAGGACUUUCCAAUUUGACCCCGGCAAUUACUGAUCAAGAACAGAAUGCCAUAGUUCUGAAUUUCAAGAAUGAGCUAAUGACGUCUGGGAAAGCAGUUAAACUAAAAAAUGUAGCACUCAUGACAGUUUCUGAAGAAGAUACUUAUAGAGAUUACGAUGGUUGUCCAUCGAAAUUCUUGAUCUCUUGUUUGAAUAAGAUUGAAAAUGAUCUGAAUCAUGAUGGAGCCUUCGUUAAUGAGAGGGAUAGACCAUUCUUUGCUCUACCAUGGGGGUUCGAAUUUUGGAAGUGUUAUUCAAAUGGGAAAGAUAUUGUGGAUACAAGUCAAGCUGAUUCUGCCAUUGAUCAGAUUGCUUGGAUUGCAUCAACGGCUUCAGAUACUAUAGCAAGAAAAGAAGAAGAAUUAUCUCCCACAAGCCCCUUCCUCGUAUAUCUUGUCCCCUCUCAACAGGAAGCAAUUAAGGUUCUCAAAGUCUGCAAUCCUUUGAAAGCAUGUGGAACAUAUACAGUCUGCCUACAUCCUGGCACUUCCAUAGACCAUCAAAUUAAUGACCUGAAGAUGUCUGAACCGGAGUUUAUUGUUUCCACCCCUGAGAGACUCACAGAGCUCAUCUCGCUUAAUGCUAUAGACUUAUCCGGGGUUUCUUUUCUGGUUAUUGAUGGUCCGUCUUAUGAUGUCCGUAGUGUUGAAGCCAUUAAAAGUAUUAAGAGUUCCAUUUCCAGCACUUCACAAACUAUGGUUUUUGGUGGUUGCCUGAAUCAAUAGUCAGCUUCAGCUUCAUAGAAAUUCUUUUAUGGAGUUGAGUUGCAGUUUUAUUAGCUUAUUGUAUCUUCAAUUAUUAUUAAGUUUACAGUUGAGGCUUAUUCUUUUGGCAGUGUUGAGGCUUAUUUUGAAAAGUUUUUUAUUGCAAAAGGCUUAUAUAAAUCACUGUGAACAGGAGAAUUCCUAAAUAUACAAAUAACUAUGACACAUU